AUGUCAAUCGCAAGCACAAUCCAGCGAAGCCAGGCAUGUCCGGAUCUGAUAUCGAUCUUCGGUAUUGAAAAGAGUUUCUCGACCUGUUCUGGAGAUUUCUUCCGCUUCUGAUUCGUUUGCUCUUUGGUUCUUCUGGGGAAAUUAUUCGGGGGAGUUGGGGGUGUAGGUGGACUUGCAGGACUUCGUGGAUUGGUCGGGAGUGGAGUGCCUCAAUCAGAACAGCGGCCACUCCCUCGUCAACGCCCUCAAACAGGUGGAUCGCUUCCUCAUGAGCUGCCCCGCUUCUACCUCUCCGAUUCGCUCCGAAUUUAUUUUGGCGUUGGUUGGAAUUUUCAUGCCCACUGAACGGUCGGUUGGGCUUCGCGUGUUGGUAUUGCUGUUGGUUAGGGUUACAGAGAUGACGAUGGAUUGCAUCUGGAGAGCGAUGCGGACGAGCAGCUUCUGAUCUACAUCCCUUUUACCCAGGUUGUCAAGCUUCACUCCAUCCUCUUCGUGGGACCUGAAGAGGAAGGUACUUCACCUAUUCUUCUAGGUUUUUGGACAAUUAUUCGUCUUUAGUUUUUUCUUUGUUUCCAUGUGCUCUACCUUAUUGAGAAGAUAAAGGUUAUAAUUUUUGCCUCCCUUUUGAUGUCAAUGUGUGUUUGAUAAGUAGAGACUUUGGAUACUUGUCUCAUUGAAGCAAGAGCUCUAAACUCUAGAUCUCAAGGUUCUUGUUCAUCUGAUUUUAUAGACUCUGUUUCCUAUUGUCAAGGUCAUAUAGUGCUCCUAUUCAAAUACACCGUAUAUUCUGCAUUGAAAUAUUUAACCACGAACGUUUGAGUCAUGACAUCUUCCUCUGGCUGUGCGACGACGGAACAAAAACAUUCUGGCGAUUGUUUUUUCAUCUCAGCUUAUUUGUCAUUUUGUUAGUACAUUAUCGCAAGUCAUAUUGUAUGGGACAAUAUAGUAACUUUUAAAGUCUCUCAGCAAUAAAAGAUAAUUAAAUUUUCCUUUCAUCUUUUUAUUGAAUCGAUUCACCAUUCAAACAUUGAAUGCAUACGCUUGGUUACGAAAUUUCCAAGUAUAAAAAUAAUGAGUAUUCAAAUAUAGAAAAUCUGAAUGUCUAUAUACACCCAAAUUGUACUAAACCAUUCCACUGCAAACUACGUAUCUAGAUCAUUAUCAAUCCCAACAUGAAGUUGUAACGCUAGAUGUUUCUAGAUCAUUUACAGGGUAUGAGGAAAACCCUGCUCCUUUUUAAUAUCUUCGAAGUCAUCUUGUGGAGUCGAAGAAUAUACUACGUUCAUAUUUUCUAUCAUUGCUUUUCCUUAAUCGUCCGCAGUUGCAGUAUUGGUGUUUUUUGUUAGCUACAUUUUAAAGAAUUUGAACAGCUUUUCGGAUGUCAUCAGGUUUUUGUUGGAAUGUAACAAUCAAUUUUACUGAGAAUGUUUUAUUCCAUGUCUAUAUAUCUUUGUAAAGAUCUCUGUAUGUUUAUAAGUUUGGAGGUCGCCGCUCAAUUUAACCUUCUUUUGAGAUUUCUAGUGAUCAGCUUUUUCUAAAUGUUUGUUUUGAGCUUAGUCGAUUUCUAGGUUGAAAGCCACCACCUAAAUUUUGCAUGCUAUUCAAAUUACUUAAUGGUGAACCAUCACUCGCAUUUUGUCUAUCACUGAGAUUUGUCGGCGGUAGGUUGUGAGUUUCAAUGUCAUACCCUAGUCAAAUGUUAAGUUGGAAGGACUUAUGUUCUUCAUUCGUAUAAAAUUUAUUGAUAUGUGAGUCUAAAUAAGUUUUUAUUCGCAACCAACUUUUACAUUUUUUCUACCAUUGGGAUUUAUCUAUUACUUCACUAGAUUUCUCUAUUAGAACAAACAAAUCUUCUUUAUUACACAACUAAAGGAAAUGGUGUAGCAAUAUUCGAACAAAGUAGACAGUUAAAUAUGGACAGAGUAUUUUAAGAAAAAGCCAUAGUUAUGAAUCACUUACCAGCCAAACAUUCAGCACAGCAAAUGAGGAAGAAGUAAAGGAUCAAUGUGAAAGAGCCACUGGCAUUAAAGAGGUGUUUGUUGGGCUUUGUGCUUUAUUUCUGCAGCAUUUCAAUCAAGUUCCUCCACUUGAAAAAUGACACAGUAGAUAUUGGGGAAGAAUGAAAGAAGUCCUUGAAUCCACAAGGGGAACAUGCUAAAAAUUUUGACUAGGAGGAAAAUCUGUCUUUUACAAUAUGCACCUCUUUAAAUGGGUAGAAUAUUUGUUCUAGAUCCUAAAGUUGUUGGGAUAUGGUAAGAAAUAUAAUAAAAGAUAACUGUUCCUAAGAAAAACAGAAUCAAUUACUUAACAAAAGAUGGCCUAAUGGGCCACCUAAAUAAAGCUUUUUGGGCUUUCUGCUUACCCUUUUGGACCUUUUAAGCUACUCCCCUUAGGCUUUCCAAACUUCGAAUAAUGUUGUUAUACACUAGUCUCCUUUACUAACAAUAAAAGUUUAAGGCUUGUCAACGAAGCUGCUGACUUUGUAAUUUUAAGUGAAUUCUUUUAUGGUUAUGGCAGAGAUACAUUGCUUUUGUUUAUCUCAUAAAAUGCACUAGAUUAAACUACCCAUCAUCACAUUAGCCACUUUCAUUUGAUUGUCUAUUUGAGGAUGACUGGCGCUAUUAAAUUUUAAUGGUGGAUUAAACCUAGUUCAUAAAGUCUCUCAGGAGUGGAAAAAGAAACUAACAUCACAGUCUGAAGCAAUAGUAUCUAGUACUAAAUGUGAAAAAAUUAUUUCCUUAAAAAAUAAAUUAGCUACAUGCACUGCAUCAAUUGUCUUUUUUCAUGCAGUAAAGUUUGUGCCACUUUUUAAAAGCAAAAACAAAGAAAAAAUCUACACCUUGUUUGGUAGAAGGAAAUUUCAAAAUAAAAUCAUCAAACUCAGGUUAUUUUCGAUUUGGCAUGAAGUCUUAUGUUUUUUACCCUACAUACGUGUCAUCUUUUAACAUGAUUUUCGACAUCUCUUUUCAAUUGAGGCCUGUAGUCUUUUCAAUUGUUCUUCAACUAGUUGUGUUUUGUAUAUCCCAAUGCCUUCUCAAUCCUUUGCCCUGCAAUUUUCUCACCUUUUCAUGUAAUCAACUUCUGGGAUACACAAUUGAUUUCCAUUAAAUAAGAAUUCUUCUUGUAAUUGAAAGAUGCCUAUUACUUGACCAAUCUUAUGUGCCGCCCAUACGUUGCAUAAAUCCUUAUUAUCUUCGUGUAAAUUGUUUAUUUGAGUGAAUCUGCGACCUAGUCUAAUUUACCCGGUAUUUGCUUCAUAUUGAAUGUCAAUCACUGAAUAAAUGUAACCCUAGUUGCCUUUCAUGAUAUUACCAAUUAUAUCAGCUUCUUACCCUUAAUUAAAAUUUUCUUUGAUCAUGCAUUCAAUGAUAAAGAACGGAAAGUAUUAAAAUUAAUGAUAAAUUUGUGGUAAGAAGAAGCCAAUCUCUGGAAGCUAAUAUCAUUACAUUCAAUUUCUUUAAAUUGCAUCCAGCUCAUUCUCUUGUAAGGCUUUUAAAACCUCUCUCGAAGGAGAUAAAUUAUAAAUGUUCCACUGGCUUUAUAUUUAUUGAUUUAUUUUGUGAUUACCUGGUACUUAGCUAGGAGUAGAUUCUUUUUUUUCUGUGAUGGACUACCUUUCAAGAAUGACACACUUUAUUACAUGUAAUAACACAAAUGAUAAAAUGCAUGACGCUAAACUUUUUUUCAGGAUAGUGCUCCAUUUGCAUGGGGCACCGAAUUUUAUCACUGCUAAUAUUGAUACUAAACUCUUCUUCCACCUCUGACAAACUUAUUGACAAGGUUUGGUUCUUCGUUAAACUUCAAUGGUAUCAGUCACUCUCAAACAGAUGAUCAGACGAAAGUUAUUCAUAUGAUAUUUGGUAAUUUAAACUUAUACAUUUCAAGAGAUAAACGAGGCAAUCUGACCUUCACUUAGUCCUAGCAGAAUUUGCUUAUAAUUACAUAGUCAGUCGCUGUACUAACAAGUUUUCUUUCUCUAUUGGAUAUUGUUUGUCUCUAGAGCUUCAUUUAGAUUUAAUGCCUUUAUUGAAACGCCUAAGAUAUAGUAUUAUAGUGAACAACAUGGUGGGUCACAUCAAAGUUAUUCAUGAAGGUGUGAAUCAAUAACUCUCAUCAACUUCCGUCAAUUAUAAGGUAUCUGCAAACAAAGUGAGGAGGGAAAAAGGUUUUUGACACUGUUCAACAUGGUAUUGUCUUUUUGCAGAAAGACAGAUAUUCGGCUGGAAACUACAGCAAGCUGAAGGCAAAAAAUAGAGAAUGUUCAGAGUUCUGCAGAAAACUAACAACCAUGUUUACACUAGUUUAUAUACCAAUCAACUUUUAAUGGAGGUCAUCUUUUUUAUCAAAUUCGGUUAAAAAAUAAGGAUUUGUGGGCGAGUUCUUUUCAAGGAAGAGAGGCUAAUAUAGAUAAACCUUCCAUUAGAUUGGAGGAAUUCAAGAGAAAAGGUCAAAAGCUGUUAAAGGGUACAGCAUGGAAAGCCCAAAUAAGCUUUGUCUUGGUGACCCACUAGGCUAAAACGUUAUCUUUUGUUAGGUUUAGUAACUGUUUCCCUUUUCUAUGAAAUAUAAUCUUUUAGUAUAAUUAUAUCAUAUCCUAUUUUUUAAAAGAUCUAGAACUACCGUCUGCCUAUUUACAGAGGCACGUCACGUAAUGAGGGAAAUUUUCUUCUUUAGCAAAUUUUUGACCGCAUCUCUGCCUUGUGAAUUCAAGGCCUUAUUCUUCCCCUACUUCUGCUACAUCACUUUUCAAAGUGGAGCAACUCAAUUACAUCGAUGGAGAAAGAAAGGCUUAACAUUUAGCGGUCACAUCUUUAAAGCCAGUGGCACUUUUGUCUCAGCCAUAUAACAUCUUUUAUUCCUCAUUUUACUGCACUUGAUAUCGCAUGAUUUGUUAGUUCGUGAGACAUAAUAGUGGUUGCUUCUUUGUCUAAUUCACUCAUAUAUCAUUUUCUACUUUGAUGGGAUACUGCUAGACAUGUCGGACAAUGAAAACAGCAGGCCUCACUACUAGAUAAUGUCAGUUGCUUGUUGGCUUCCCACUAUAAACCACAAAAGCAUCAUUGCCCUGCAAAUUCAAAACAUUUUCUUUAGUGCACAAUUUGAGACUCACUGUAAUAUGCUUUCAAUGGAGUUACCUUUUGUUUUGAUCCUUCACCAUAAUCCUCCAAUUUUUUCAACACAGUUUCAAAGAAAACUUGUCUCGAACUUGAAUCGUGAGUGUGAGAAAGUCAAGUGGGAGCAGCAAAUCAUCGACAAUGGCUGAAUCCCUUUAGUCAUUUGUUCAUGUUCAUCCAUCUAAACAUCAAUUCUUUAGUGUUAAAGAAAAGUGCCUAAGAUCCGCCACACUGAGGUAUAAUAAUUACACUUAAAUAUCAAUUCAUGUUCUCUAAGGAUGUGCAAGACGUUGUAGCUUGGUACGCAUUUUAAGCUCAGCUUGAUGGCAGUCAACAUCAUCUUAUUAAGAAAAUGGUCCUAAAGAUAAAACCUCUAAUAAUUAUAUAGUAUUCAUGUUCCAUCAUUAUGGUGAACCUAUUUCUUGAGAUCUUUGCAUUGACCCAGAAGGAUUUAACUCGUCAAUGAUCUGUCAUUCCCAGUCAAUUUUCUUGCACUCAGUUUUUAGGUUCAAAAUUUAGCUUAAAUUGAGCCUGUGUGAACCAAGGGGCUACGAACGAAGUUUCAGAUGUAAAGGUGCCUCCACUGAUAGCAUAUGGCAGUCAAUUUCAGAUUGUAUACAGAAUGGCAUGUUUUCUUCUAGGUUAAGCUUUCACUAAGCCAUUCUAUUUACGCAACAGCCUAGCCCAGCCUGUGAGUUUCAAGGGGUUUGCGGCCAGGGGGAGCCAUUUAGUAUGCCUUGUGGUUACCUAUGCAGCUUAGUUUCGCUGUGGAUUUUUGAGCCGAGAUUUGGGCCUCUCAUUUACUGAGUCUAGCGGACCAUCAUGUCACUAUCGCCAUCCGUUCAAACGUGAGUGUGACAGCAAUAUUUGGCCCUCGGCCUGAAGCCCUGUACUCCACCAUAGACGCUCUCGUCUCGGCAGCCACCUUAAGGAUUUUCUAACAUGAUUUUUGUCGUUCAGUCCCUCUCUCUCUCCCUCUCUGCCGAUUUUCUUCUUCUUCCAACUGCCUUCUUUUGCUCCACUAGAUUCCGCUUUGUACACAGUAUGAGGCUUGUGUAUAGUGUUGUUUCGAUUGGCCAUCUUAAAAUUUUCACAAUGGCAGGUGGUUGUCGGAUAUUGGGUGAACCUUAAAUGACUUUUGCCUCAUGUGGAGGCAAUUGAAGCCUCUAGAACAAUUCAGUCUUUCUUGCAAGCACUUCCAUGUCAUAGGAUCCUCUUGUGCUUCAAUUAAAUGCUAAACACGCUUCAUUUGUUUUGGUCUGUGAUUCAUUCUAGUGGGCUUGUCACUAUUUUCCAUAACUUUAGAGAAUUGACUAUCCCCACAUGAUUCAAAGAUUCUGCAUCUCUCCCAAUACUCCUAUUUUCUUCAGAAGGUGCCAUCCACGUUGAAAACAACCGACGGAACACAACGUAUUUCAGCUCACAAGCAAGUCUCAGAUGAAGAAGUCAACGAAGUGAGAGAAUAAUGUGACGAAAAUCCCAUGUGGAUAACCCUAGCGUCCCUGCACUGUUGGGUCCUAAAUCUGGAGUCAAAGUUUGAUGCAUGGUUUUCCCUGUCUGAAGCCCCUUAAACCUGCUAGGCUGGUCCCGCCCUCUGCUUUUAUGUAUAGCCAAAACAGAAGAGAAUCCAAGAAGCAAACCCACGUGGCAAUAAACAUUUCCUGCAUCACAAACAAUCCGCCAAAGGACUGGAGAACAGAUGUGGAAUCUUUCUGGAUUCAAAUAGUCCAUAACAGAGAACAGUAUCCUUGUUACAGUAAUCAUCAGUCUACCUCUAGCAACUGACUGUAUACAGGUCCAGCAUUCAUUUGGGUUUGAAUUGGUCUGUGGUACUAUAAAUGGCAUGUUCACGCAAGUCUGGGUCAUUGUUAUAAAAUUGAUGGGGAACAUAGUUUUUCAUUUUUUGUAAUUUAUUUUUUAAUUUUCAAAGUUAGGGAGGACGCCCUCAAGUGGGAAUCUCGAGCUUCUCAUAUCAUUCUGAUCCCUUUCACCUUUUAUUCUUCAAAUCUCAAACGUCACAGUACAGAAUCUAAAUACGUUGAAGUUUUGACGGUCUCACUGCUGAAUUUUGAAGCUCCGUUCUAAGAAAUGUUAUGCAACAUGUAAAUAUUGUUUAUUGCUGCUUUCCUUUCGAGGACAAUUUGUGCUGCUCCAUUUUAUUUUUUUAAGCAAAAAAGUUUAUUUUAUUACUCCAACUGUAAACAAACUCUCAUCGAGGGUCAUAGCUGCCGCCUGUUUCUUUUGGUAGCUCUGUCUGACACUUCCUACAGGACAAGGCUGAUAAAUAUCUCUGUUGUUCCCUGGGCAGGACCUAGGACAGUGAAGCUUUUUGCCAACAAAGAGCAUAUGGGUUUUAGGUGAAAAUAAGCUAUUUAUUUUAGUGCUCAUCCCCUUUUUUUUUUGGUGAUGGAAAAAUUCUUCCGAGUGUUCAGUCGGCACUAGAUUCUUACUUGAUUGUAAUGCAUUUGCAGCAAUGUCAACGAUUAUCUGCCCAGUGACUCAGCUAUUCUCUCUGAAGAAAAUCUCAAGGUAGAGAUCAUAGAUCAUAGCUUGUCUGAUACUUUCCAGAGUUAAAUCACAUUAGGAGCGAGCUACUCUUGUGUUCUUGGCAAUACCAUUGCCUCCGUAUUUUAGCUUCUUAAAAACUUUUUUUUUUUUUUUUGCAGGGAAAACCCAUAGUCCUGAAGUAUGUCAAAUUUCAGAAUGUUCGCAGGUGAGAGGAUUUUCUUUAGCCGUCGGAUUGUGCUGGACCUGUAUAAUAUAAGAUGAAGUGUUGACUAAUUCUCGCAAAUCCUACCAGCUUGACCAUUUUUGUUGAGGAUAACCAAGGUAGCGCUGAGACCUCCAAGGUUCAGAAGAUAAUUCUUUAUGGAACUACGUAAGUAGUUAUUAUAACGUUUCAUUUCGCUUAUUUACUUCGUCUACGCUCUUACUACCAGUUAUAGUUCUUGGAUUGAAGCUCUCUUUUUCACUACUACUCAAUGGCGAUCGCACUUUACACCCACCACAAGUCAACAAAACUCUCAGACCCCAGUGACUGUCACCCUGGACGUCUAGAUGAUCACCAUUCAGUCAAGAUCAUGUUUUUUUUUUCCGAAAUUUCUCCUGGAUUAAAUUCCAUAAUUUCUUAGGGUGAUCUGUAGAGCUUUUUGCUUUUCGAAUCACUAAAAUCAGUAAAUAUUUACAUAUUCCACCUUUACCCGAAAAUGGUUUUUACUCCCAGCGAGCUGAAAAGAGCGUCUGAUUUGAUCUUAUGCCACUGAUUAGAACCUCACAGAGAGAGAGAGAGAGAGAGAGAGAGAGAGAGAGAGAGAGAACUGGCCUUUCCUCCUCGCCAUCCAUACUGUGUCAAGAACAUGUUUCCGACCGUGCCUUCAUCUCUGUAGAUGAACGUUGUGAAGCUGCGGUUUCGUUGGUCAAGUCUCGAAAAUCUUCUGCACAUUAAGAGCGGAAAGGACGCUACUCUACUUAGUAGGGUCAACGCCUUCCUCUCUCAUCAGCCAGGUCGCCCCUUAUUUCUGGCAACCUCCCUCUUCCUGCAACCAUCAAUCCCCCUAGCGGCCCUAGUUUCUUCCCAUCUCCAUGCCCAUAAUAUGCUCUCCUUCUUGGAUGUGUUAUUUUAUCUCCGCCCAAGCUCAUCUGUUGCUGUUCUGCUGUUCUUGACGAGACCCGCUUCUGGCCAAGCCCAAGAUCUCCAUGGAGAUACGCACCUCUCUCUCUCUCUCUCUCUCUCUCUCUCUAUCGACGUGCCAAUCUGUUCGUCCUCUUCCCAAGUCUUCGUGAUGCAGUGACCCUCGGCGCCAUGGAGGCCUAGCCCACUGUGGGCUUUCACCAACCCGACUUGGCCUGGUGGAUAGCUUGCUAAUUUGGAUCUCAACCUGGUGAAGCUAACUCCGUUCUCUCUCUGUCUCUCUCGCUCUACGCAGGGUGGAGACGACGAACGUGAAGGACCUAAAGAAAAUCGAGGAGCACUGA